GAUGUAAUUUCAGAAUCAGAAGUCAGACAAACUUCUAAAUUACACAAUAACCUCUGCACUUCCACCAAAUAGCUAUGCACUUUCACCCAAAUAGCUAAAAGGGAAGUUGUAACAGAGCUGAGGAGCUACGAGUGGUGCCACUUUUCCGUGUAGGGAAAGACUGCUGCAAGGAAGAAUCUACGCCUUUAUCGAGCGAUUGUAGACUAGAAAGGCACAACUUUCUUCCAAGGUCAGCUGAAGACGGCGGAGAUGGGAGGAGAAGAUGAUCCGCAGAAGCUGAAGAAGAUAGCGGCGGCAGCGUACGACUACGAGAACGAUCCCAGGUGGGCCGAUUACUGGUCCAAUGUUCUCAUCCCUCCCCACAUGGCCUCCCGCUCCGACGUUGUCGACCACUUCAAGCGCAAGUUUUACCAGCGAUUCAUUGAUCCACAACUUGUGGUUGAGCCAAUGGCUACCAGCAGUUCCUCUCAGCAGGCAAAACCACAUGCUCAGCAUACAACUUCAUCAACUCCAAAUGCCCCGCCACGAGCACAAAGCUCAGACUCAUCUGGUAGGACAUCCACAACUGCAGCUUCAAAUCCAACUUCUUUGCGAUGGGACAAGCAAACUAUUCUAUUUUCUGUCAAUGCUUGGGUUGUUGUUAUGGCAGCACUUGCAAUCUUUCCACUUAGUCCCACAAAUCUUGCAAAUAGAGCAUAUAGACUUUCCUUUAUGGGAACAACAUUUUCGGCACUGUGUUCUCUGUAUGCACAACAUGGGAAACCCAGGGCAUGGAAUAUGCAGGCAUUGCAAGUGUGGUUACAGUCGGUGAUUGUGACAAAAGAUUUUAUCUGUUUCGUUUACUGUCUUACAUUUGUCGCUUCACAUCUUUACCUCAAAUUUGCUUUGAUUCCAAUGUUAUGCCAAUGCAUUGAACAUGUUGCAAAGUUCCUAAGGCGUAACUUUAGCAGAACCUCUUUGUACAGGAGGUACUUUGAUGAGGCUUGUGUAUGGGUUGAGUCAAAUACAAGUUCACUUAAGAUACUGUCUUCACAAGCUGAGAUUGGACUUGGGUUCCUUCUAAUUAUCUCUCUUUUCUCGUGGCAGCGCAAUAUAAUACAAACAUUCAUUUAUUGGCAGCUUCUAAAGCUCAUGUACCAUGCACCUGCAACAGCUGGUUACCACCAAAGUGUAUGGGCGAAGAUUGGGAGACUCAUCAAUCCUCUAGUCCACCGAUAUGCUCCUUUUAUGAACACACCAUUAUCUGCUGCACAGAAAUGGUGGUUCAGGUGAAGACAAGAAUUAAAUGUGUGUUAGCAUCUCAUUAAAGAAAUGUUUGAUUUAAAGAUAUGUAUGCCUUUCUUUUUUAAUUAACUCUUCCAUGGGUGCACAAAUUGGACCAUUUGCGUCCUGAUAGUGCAAGAGCUGAGGUAUUAUUAGAACAUGUAGUCCUUAACAAUUUAUGAUGCAUGUCAUUUUAACUGUUAGAACUUUCCUUGCAAUUGAUUUGUUUUAAAAUGAUGCUUUCUCGUGUCACA